AUGACAGCCAGCAACAAUCGCCCGACGUUCGGCGCAGGUGCCGAGUCCGUCGCGGCUCAGCCGAACAUUGCGAGGACGGCUCCUCCGUAUAAACGCCAGCGAGUCGAGCUUCUGUCCGAUCCGACUAGAGCCCAAAGCAGCCGAAUGCAGACAGAAGCCGGUGCCUCGCCCAAACGAAUGCACAUCGCAUCGCCCGCCGACGCACGCCCACCUGCACGGGUUGCAGUCGCCACGCCAUCAUCUCCCUCCACGCCCGGGCACCGCCGGCCGCCUCCGCUGGCCACCAAACCUCCGCAGCCGCCUUCUAGUGCUAGCGCCAGUAGGCCCGGCCCUUUGCCAGCUGUUCCUGCUCGCAAGCGCAGAUUCACUCGCAGUCGCUCGGGUUGCGCCACCUGCCGCGUCCGGAAGAUCAAGUGCGACGAAACGCGUCCGCACUGUCAUCGCUGUCUCGAGGACGACAGGCAAUGCGAGUACUUUCGUUCUGCCGGCUCGGCACGAACAGAGGCAGAGGUCAAAUCUCAAGCUGAGCCUUCCGGCGCCGACUUACACCCAGCCGCGCCGGCGGGCAAGCCAGCGCGGCUCUCCCAACAUCAGCAGCCUCAUCAUUCGCCUCGCCAGACAUCGGUUCGCCACAUAAGGCCCGGCCCAGCGCAUCAGCUUAGCUCUAUACCCACUGGUGACGCCAGCACAUCUGGUGACAUCACCUCACCAAAGCAUCUGGAUGACUGGCUCGAUCUCCUGUGCGCUUCCAUCGGAAACGACAUUCAGCACACUAGCGGCUCGGCCACCGCCGAUGCAUCUCAGCCAGUCGCCAAGAGGGACGACCAGCUCAGCGACACUUCCCGUCAGUCGACUGCGCAAGGCUCGGCACCCAGCGUUAGUGACUCGCAGUCGGAUCGCUCUGCUUCUCGAGAUCGACUCAAAGCGCGUUACGGUCGUCCGACCGCUGCCGCUUCCGCCAUCGCUGACCACACACUGGCUUUCGGAAGCGCGGAGGCGCGUUCCCCCAACUGGCUCGACGACGACUGGCUAUCGACAUGGACCGCCUCUCCCAGCGGCCCCACUGGCAUCCAGCACACUUUCGAUGGCGCUUCCGCCACACCAGUCUCGGCAAGCACCACCGCCGCGCGCCCGGGCCUGCAGCACAUACCCGAAGCCGAGCUGCAAAGGCGCAUCCGUGCGCUCUGCGUAACGCGCAUACAGCUAGAAUCCGUGUCGUUCUUCUUCAACACCACCGCUCGCUGCUUCCACCUGCUCUCCGCCGACACCAACGUAUGGCGCAUCUUCUUCGCCCAGCUUGCCGCCGAGUCUCCCAUGGUGCUCGACCUGGCAGGCUGCCUCGGUCUCACCCACCUCAGCCUCGCACAAGAUGAUCGUAAAAAGGGCCUCGCCCACGCUCACUUCUCGCGCUGCAAGACCGAAUGGGACGCUUUCGUCGGUCCGCUGCACACGCCCGAGCUCAUCGCGCUCGCGGCGGAACAGAUCAACUCGGCUCAUCGCGCACUCGAGCUGCUCGCCGGCACCAUUCUCAUCGCACACGUCGAGCAGUUCAGUCGAGGCUUCGCCACUAGCUCUCGAGCUUACACAGCUCUUGCCAUCACUGUCAUCCGACAGGUACUCGCCGGCGCACCAAACGGAACACCGGCUUCGUGGUGGGUCAAUGACCUCGACCAGGGUCCAGCAUCGGCAUUUCGCUUUUUUGUCCGCAUCCUGCUCUGGUGGGAGACCAUGUCUCGAACCAUGGGACCUGCCAGCGAGCAAGGCGAUGUGCUUGACAUCUUUGAGCACGUUUAUCGAUGGGACGAGUCCGACAGCCGCCAACAGGACCCGAUCGAGUGCUCUACUCAGUGCGUCGUAGGUUGGCCGCUGGAUCUGCUCGAGGCCGUCGAACGCAUCAAUCGCCUCAGCGCCGUUCCCGAGAUUGUGGCCUUCGUGCCACCGCCUGCCUCUUCCGUGCCGCUCGUCAUGCCCUCCGGAUCGCUCUCGCAUGCACUCGAGGACCAUGUGCCGCUCGAAACGCAACUGCAGAUCGACGCCAUCGAGUCUCAGAUUCGACUGUCCAGGCCUAUGCCGCUCACCCAAGAUGACAGCCUCGCCGCCGAGCUGCGCUAUCUCAUUUUCGAAUGUCUUCAGUCAGCCUCGCUCGUCUACUUUUGCAGAACGCUGCUCAAGUCGACCGAUGCUGCGUGGUUCGAGAUCGACAAGGUCACCCGGUUCCUCGAGCGCAAACAGCAGCGUCUUCGCACAAGCGGCGAAGUCAAAUCAGCGGGUCCGUCCUGCCCGCAGGAUCCGACCGGCGACCUGCAGGUGGCCCACGCUAUGGAGACGCGAGGAAAGUGGUGGAUCCGCGCACCGGACGGAGCCCUAAUCUGGGCCUACUUUCAGUGUGCCUCGGAGAUUUUCGGCGAGCUGGACGCGUCGCUGGAAUCCUCGGCGCUUGUUGUAUCGAUUGGGGGGCAUCGAGACCGACGGUAUCAAUUCGGCAGAGGCGAGCCAGUCAAGCUCGCGCUGGGAUCGGACAUCGUCAUCGGUGCCGACGCCUACGACAGCUUCGCGCGAUCGCGCUCAGAACGCAGGCAGCGCUGCCGUGGCUCGCUGCUGUUGUGGGAGAAGUUCGACGAGAUCCAGUGCCUCUUUCUCUGCCGGCAGCUACUCAAAGCCGUGUGGGAUGGUCGCGACCUGUACGAGCACGAGACGCGCCACAGGAUGCGUCUCAGCAAAAGCGCGAGCUCGCAUGCUUCGAUCGACGCUCCUCAAGACAUCGGCCGAUACGAUCAAGCGACCGAGCUUGCGCACAUCUGCCGACAACGGCGUUGGCGCCAGCCUCUGAUCUUUUGA